CUGCUCGAGAACCAGAAGACAGAAAGGAUGUGGGUGACCAACGUCGUAUAUCUGUGCCUGUUGGCAGUUGCGGCCUCCGGAGAAGACAAGAAGAAGCUGAGCAGCCAUGCCACCACCAUGGCUGACAAGAGCGCCAACCUGGCCUUCAGUCUCUACCACACGGUGGCCAAGGAGAAGGGCCUUGACAACAUCCUGAUAUCCCCUGUGGUGGUGGCCUCCUCCCUGGGCAUGGUGGCCCUCGGGGGCAAGGCAUCCACUGCCUCCCAGGUCAAGUCUAUCCUCAGCGCUGACGCCCUGAAGGAUGAGCACCUGCAUACAGGCCUGUCAGAGCUCCUGACUGAGGUCAGUGACCCCAAGACCCGUAACAUCACAUGGAAGAUCAGCAACCGCCUCUACGGCCCCAGCUCGGUCACCUUCGCCGAAGACUUUGUGAAGAGCAGCAAGAAGCACUACAACUACGACCACUCCAAGAUCAACCUCAGGGACAAGAGGAGCGCAGUGAACUCGCUCAACGAAUGGGCUGCCAAGUCGACAGACGGCAAGCUGCCUGAGAUCACCAAGGAUGUGCAGAAUGCUGACGGAGCCAUGAUCGCCAACGCUAUGUUCUUCAAGCGUAAGUAGAGUUAUUCAAAAAUACCCAGUAGCCUAGUAGUUAGUAUCUUCAACUACUGCUAUUACUGUUGAUGUUGGGGAGUAUUAAACAGUGAGAUUGUGAGAUGUGAAUAUCUUUAGAAAACAACAUUAUCCUCUGUCUCCAGCUCACUGGGAUGAGAAGUUCCAUGAGAAGAUGGUAGACAACCGUGGCUUCCUGGUGACCCGUUCAUUCACAGUCUCUGUUCCCAUGAUGCAUCGCACUGGUAGGUUUCACUAACCUUUUGAAUAGAGACAUACCAUACAAUAAGCCUUAAUAUAAGACAUUAUCUACAACAUUAUCAAGAUAACUUGACUCAUCUAUUCUCAUCCCAUGACUGUGUUCCACAGGUCUCUAUAAGUUCCAUGAUGACACAGAGAACAGGUUGUUUGUGCUGGACAUGCCCCUGGGCCAGAAGCAGUCCAGCCUGGUGUUCAUCAUGCCCUAUCACCUGGAGCCCCUUGACAGGCUGGAGAAGCUGCUGACCCGCAAGCAGCUGGAAACCUGGAUGGGCAAGAUGGAGGAGAGGGCCGUGGCCAUCUCUCUGCCCAAAGUCAGCGUGGAGGUUAGCCACAACCUCCAGGUAAACACAUCAUUGCGAUUAUAUUGUUUGCAAUAGAUUUAAGGGUUGUUAAUGACUUAUCUCAUAAACUACGACUCAACUCGCAAGCUUGACUAUGAAAGAACAUAUUUGACUUACAUAUUAACCAUUUAUCCAUGUUUCACUCUCUAUUGUACACUUCUCUCCAGAAAACUCUUGGUGAACUUGGUCUGACCGACGCUGUGGACAAAACCAAGGCCGAUUUGUCCAACAUCUCUGGCAAGAAGGACCUUUACCUCUCCAACGUGUUCCACGCCUCUUCCAUGGAGUGGGACAUCGAGGGGAACCCCUUCGACACCAGCAUCUUCGGAAGCGAGAAGCUGAGGAACCCCAAGUUGUUCUACGCUGACCAUCCCUUCAUCUUCCUGGUGAAGGACAACAAGACCAACUCCAUCCUCUUCAUCGGCAGAAUGGUGCGACCCAAAGGAGACAAGAUGCGUGACGAGUUAUAAAAGUUAAUGGAUAGUUUGAGAGUUAAGGUUACUGAUUGAAUCAUGCCAGGAAAUAGUAUGUGUACAGAAUGUGUAUUAUGGUAUGACUGUUACCUCAAGAACACAUUCCAAUAGGUCAUCUGUGGACUGAAUAUCUGGGCCUUAAUUAAGCACUCCCAGGGAACAGGAGUGUAUACGUUCGAAUGAAUGCUGUUUGGCCUUUGCAAUGCGCCAUAAUUAAUAACGUUGUUCAAGUCUGCAUUUGAACACAUUUCAGGAAAAAGCCAAACACCACAAGUGCCUUUUUAGAGUACCUGAACAUUGAAUAGCAGACGACCCGACAGCAUGCUUAUAUUAAGUAUGAUCGCUCUUAUUUUUGCCUUCCAUAAAAUCUGACAUUUUCCACCAUUCUUUUCACCAGUAUAGGUUUGGCUUCUCUCUCUUAUUUUGAGUUUGUGAUAUGUGUGGUUAGUUGCAUUAUCUUUAAUGUUUAAAGAAAAAAAGAUUGUUGCAGAAGUGUACUACAAGCUAAUUUCAUGUGUUACUGUCUUCCACUUUCCACCAUGCAAAGUACAUUUCUCAUGCUUUCACAGUUGUUUUAGCCUCCCAGCUGCACUGAAACUGUUCCUCGGCACUCUUUGAUUUAAUUGAAUUAUCAAUGCCAUUUGCCAAUCAAACUGUGUGACUUUUUAUUUUGUAGGCAUUUACCACAAAACCUUGGAAUGUUACCAUAAUGCAAUGUUGUGUCCUUUUGACUAUUUUUCAAUAAAAAGAAACAUAAAAUGAA